AUGUCUGCAAUAUCGUUUGAUGAUCUUCCUCCUGAAACAAUCAUCGAAAUCCUCUUAAGACUGCCUGUGAAAGACCUUGUGAGGUCAACUUCAGUCAACAAAACAUGGUACUCUCUUAUUAACGACCCCUCGUUCAUUUCUUCUCAAAUCUCUCGUUCUAUUUGUCAUUCUCAUGAUAAUGCUUUGCUUAUCAUCCCUCCUUCCACCUCUCGCCAAAAGGACAACUCUUUAUUCUCUGCGGAUACUUCCAGUACCCUUAUCGAAAAAUUCGAUAUUCCUUUUGAGACCAAGACUCGUACUUUGAAAUUAAUUGCUCAGGUUCAUGGAAUGCUUUUAGUUACUGAUUUACAUACGGAUUAUGCUUCCAGGGAGUUGUAUCUUUGGAAUCCGUAUGUAAAGCGACAUAGAGUACUUGUUUCGAGUUGUUAUAAGAAGCAUUUGGAUAACCUCGAAACGACGUGUGCUUUGGUGGGGAUGGGUUUUGAUAAGGUCAUGAAUGAUUACAAACACUACAAGGAAAACAGCAUUAGACAACGGUUUUUGCCCGUUGUCUGA